UAAGGCUGUACCCUCACUGAACAUAAGAGGGAAUUCCUGCGCCUUGGGCAGCCUUAGAAAGAACACAGAGCUCCAAAACAUUAAGCUUUACUGAAGAAACUCUGUGUGUUGAUCUCUCUGCACAUUCCAAGUCAGAAUGAAUACUGUUUUGCACACUCUCUGCUUCGUACUCCUGUUUGUUUUAACCCUUCAUAUAAAAGAGUUGGCAGAUGCUUGCAGCUGUGCUCCUACUCAUCCCCAGCAGCAAAUGUGUGAUACUGAAAUAGUGAUUCGCGCAAAGAUCAUCUCUGAAAAAGUGAUCCAACCAUCAAAGGAGGACUCUUUUGACAAUACUAAAUUGAUCCAAUACGAAAUCAAGAUGAUCAAGAUGUUCAAGGGAUUUGAUAAAGUGAGAGAUAUCCACUUUGUGUAUACACCAGUUGACUCAUCCCUAUGUGGAGUCAAACUUGAUGCCACAAACAAGAAACAGUAUCUCCUCACAGGUCACAUUACUGAUGGUAAAGUUUACAUCAUGCUGUGCAAUCUCAUUGAACUUUGGGAUGACUUGUCCUUUUCACAGAAAAAGAGCUUAAACAAUAGAUUUCAAAUGGGAUGUGACUGUAAAAUUACUACGUGCUACACAAUACCUUGUUCAGUUCAUGAGCCAAAUGAGUGCCUCUGGACAGAUUGGCUGAUCGAAAGAAGACUGUAUGGACAGCAGGCCAAGAGUUACACAUGUAUAAAGAGGAGUGACGGCUCGUGCAGCUGGUAUCGAGGUGGACCGUACAUAGGAAAGGAGUUUCUUGGAAACAGUGAGCCCUAGACUUCAGAUCUUCCAGAGGCUCAUUUGGCCCUUUUUACCAAACACCAAAAGCAUGUGGAUGUAAUAUGAAGUUUAUUAUGAAUCUGUUAAGGUCUGCAACAGAUUGAAUUCUGCAGACACUGUUUUAUGGAAAUGGUGAUGGGAUAGAAACUUAAACUUUCUUUUCUUGGUACAAAAGCAGACAUAUAGGUGCAGUAUCUUUAAGGUCACAGAAGCACCUUAAGAAGCUAUUCUACAAAUUAUUUGGCAGAUUAUUUUCUUGUCUUCCUGUAAUUUUUUUAUUAUUAUUAUUAUAAUUCAAUUGGUAGGACACAUGUGUUUGAUAAAGUUAUUUCUAAAAUUAUAUAUAUACAGCUACUGUCAUCUUUUUAAGAUACAGAAAUUGAAAGGUCUACUUUUGUUUGACAUGUACCAUAUAUUCAUGCCUGUACAGCUGCAUUGUAAAUUUCAAUGG